AUGUGGCCGAGUCUUCCCCCAGCAGCGGCCACAGCAUUCGCUAUCAUCGGCGCCAAUGCCACGAUCUUCGCCCUAUGGCGACUCUGGCCACCGGCUUGGAGACUCCUCAACCGCUACUUCAUCAGCGUUGCCGCCUACCCGCGUGUAUUCAGCUUGGUGGGCGCCGUGUUCAGCCACCAAACAGUUGCCCAUUUGGGAAUGAAUAUGUUUGUCCUUUGGAUGUUUGGUACAAAGCUCCACGACGAAAUCGGCCGAGGCGACUUCCUCGCCCUAUACAUGGCCGCCGGCCUGCUCGGCUCCUUCGCCUCGCUCUCAGUCCACGUCCUACAAAACCGUCUCUUUGUCACAUCCCUCGGCGCCAGCGGUGCCAUUUCCGGCGUCGUCGCUGCCUCGGGCCUCAUCCACCCAGAUGAAAAAUGGACAAUUGCCUUCCUCCCGCGCUCCUGGCAAGAACAGCUCUCCGCCCCAGCCUGGCUCUUCGUCGCAGGGCUGGUGACUUUCGACCUCGUUGGUGCUGUCGUCAACCGUCGUGCCCCGAAGCUCGAUUACUAUGCGCACCUGGGCGGGUUCUUUACCGGUGCGGUUUACGCGUAUAAUUACAGGGAGAAGAAAAGGCAGGAGAGGGAGCGAAAUCGAGGGUGGUUCGACAGGGUUCUCUAA